AUGUUCAAAGCCACCACCCGUACAUUAUUAAUUAGAAAGAGUACUUUAUCAAAAUCCUUUUCUCUCCAUCAUCAAAAAGCCUCCUUCAGAGUGCUUGUGCUCGGAGGCUAUGGCUCAUUCGGCAAGAGAAUUACCUCCCAAUUAUUCAAAGACAAUGAUGUUAAUACUCCACAGGAAAUUGUUAUUGCUGGAAGGAAUUUAGCAAGUGCCAAUCAAUUUCGAGAUGAAUUAAUACAGAAUACUUCAUCAUCGUCAUCUUUUAGAGUACAAACCUCUCUGGUUGAUGUGAAUGAUGAGAGAAGUUUGAAGGAUUGUCUACAACAAACAAAGCCUAACCUGGUCAUUCAUACUUGUGGACCAUUUCAAGGACAGAAUUUUCAUGUGGCAGAGCAAUGUAUUGAUAGAGGAAUUAAUUAUAUAGAUUUAUCGGAUUCUAGAGAGUUUGUUGCAAACUUUUCUGACAAGUUACACGACAAGGCAGUGAAGAAUGAUGUGCUUGCUGUUUGUGGAGCCAGUACUGUUCCUGGAUUGUCCUCUGCUGUUUUAAACGAGGUGUUAAAACAUGAUCUUUCAGAAAUUACAAGCAUUGAUAGUUGUCUUUCUCCUGGUAAUAGAGCUCAUAUUGGAGAAUCAACAAUGAGAUCCAUAUUGAGUUAUUGUGGAAAGCCAAUACCAAUGUUCUUGAAUGGUAAAUUGGAAAAUGUCAUUGGAUGGCAAGGAGUGAAAAGGGCACAAUUUCCAGAUGGAAUAGGAACUAGAUAUGUUGCUUUUUGUGAAACUCCUGAGGUUGAGAUUUUUCCAAAGAUUUAUCCUACUCUCAAAAACUUGGAGUUUAGAGCUGGUGUAGAGUUGAACAUGUUCCAAUUUUCUGUUGUGGGAAUGUCAUAUCUUGCACAAGCUGGGAUUGUAAAAGAUUGGUCCGUUUACUCUCCAUUAUUCAAGACCAUGAGUGGGUGGUUCUAUAAUUUUGGAUCUGAUAGAGGUGGUAUGCAAAUGAUAAUCAAUGGAUUGGACAAGAAUGGUAAAGAAAAGACUAUUACUUGGAAUUUAAUUGCAAAAGGAGGAGAUGGGCCAAUGAUACCAGCCAUUCCGUCCAUAUGCAUUGCUAAAAAACUUGCAAGGGGAUAUGUUGAACAAAAAGGAGCCAUUCCUUGCGCAGGAUUAUUCUCUUUGGAUGAAUUUAUGAAAGAGGUUUCUGGUUACAAUAUUCGACACGAAUUCGUGAAAUGA